AAAAAAAACCCUCUAGCAGGAAAGAAUGAAGAAGGGGCAAUCGAGGCGUUGAGACAAUCGGUUCAGUAUGCAGUAGUUAGCGAUUGCCGUUGGUAGCAUCAUCUGCGUUUUGUUCACUGUUAAUCCUCAAUCACUAAACCCUAAUCCAAAACGCAGCCCGUUGGUGUUGUUAUCGAGAUAGUGUUUGGUUUGAGCUUUGAAAUGUUGGGUGGGUUAUACGGAGACUUACCUCCACCCUCUUCCGCCGAGGAAGAUAAACCAACCACCAAUGUCUGGUCCUCCAGCACCAAAAUGGCCCCCGCCACUCUCCGUAAACCCUCUUCUCUUUUUACUCCUCCUCACACCCUUCUCAGAUCCCAAAACAAACCUAAAAUCACCAAUUCCAAAACUGUUCUAUCUCCGGCACCACCGGUACUCGCUCCGGCACUCGAUGAAAUCGUGCAACCGGCUCUGGUCGGCGUGCAAUCCACGGUGUUGGAAGAGUACGAUCCGGCAAGGCCCAACGACUACGAGGAGUAUCGAAGGGAGAAGAAGAGGAAGGCUAGGGAGGCGGAGAUGAUGAGGGAGCUCGAGAGACGGCGGGAGGAGGAGGAGGAGAGGGAGAGAGAGAGGGAAAAGGAGAGAGAAAGAGAAAGAGAGAGGGAUAGAGAUAGGGAUCAGGGAGAUUCUAGGUUGAAUAUUUCCGGUGAGGAAGCGUGGAGGCGGCGUGUGGGGAUGAGUAGUGGGGGCGGUGGAGGGGCGGUUCCAGUGCCGAGGUCGCCUUCACCGCCGGGGAAUGUGGAUGGAUUUACUAUUGGGAAGUCGGAGACUGUUGGAUUAGGGGUUGGUGCUGGUGGGCAGAUGACUGCUGCUCAAAGGAUGAUGGCGAAGAUGGGUUGGAAGGAAGGACAAGGGCUUGGGAAACAAGAGCAAGGGAUCACUACUCCUUUGAUGGCUAAGAAAACCGAUAGACGAGCUGGGGUUAUUGUUAAUGCUAGUGAUAAUAAGUCUGAUAAGAAAGUCAAGAGUGUUAACAUCAAUGGAGUACCUACUAGAGUACUGCUACUUAGAAACAUGGUGGGGCCUGGUGAGGUAGAUGAUGAGCUAGAAGAGGAGGUAGGAUCAGAAUGUGCCAAGUAUGGGACAGUAACUCGAGUUUUGAUAUUUGAGAUAACAGAGCCAAAUUUUCCAUCCGACGAAGCAGUAAGAAUCUUUGUGCAGUUUGAGAGAUCUGAAGAAACAACAAAAGCACUAGUUGACCUUGAUGGUCGAUACUUUGGGGGUAGAAUAGUGCGUGCAACAUUUUAUGAUGAGGAUAAGUUUAGCAAGAAUGAGUUAGCUCCAAUGCCAGGAGAAAUUCCUGGCUUCACCUAAAAGAACAGAGUCUAUGAUUUUUGUUAAGUUCUUAGUGAUUGCACUGAAGACUUGAAAUUGGAGUUCAACAUUUCAUUACAUAUAGUAGAGCAUUGGGUUAAGCUCCAAUAUUGGUCUAAAUGUGUUUGUAACAGUGACAAAGGGUUUUAAAGAAUUAUUGUGAUGUUUACACUGCAAAUUUCCUUCCUUGCACUAAUGUGUAUUACAAACCCAUCCACAAUACUUGUAUCCCUGAUCCUAACUCUCGCAUAUGUUUGGAAGAAUGACAUUGAUUGAAAUAAAGUUGAAGCUUUUCAUAUAAAA